AUGGUGGAACGCAAUAUCAGUCUUCUCAGCCUGGACGGCGGGGGCGUCAGGAGCCUUUCUUCGCUUUACAUCCUAAAGCAUAUCAUGGAAUCUAUUGAUGGAGAGAACACACCCAGGCCAUGCGACUAUUUCAAUCUCAUCGGAGGCUCGGGCUCGGGCGGCUUAAUCGCCAUCAUGCUAGGACGUCUCAAGAUGGACAUCGACCAAUGCAUCAAUGCCUACCGACGGCUACUGAAAUUCAUAUUCGCCCGGAAACGGCACAUACCACUGACGAGCAAUCUGUGCCGACAAUCGAGAUACGACGGACGGAGGGUAGAAUCGGCGAUGAAGGCAAUUCUUCACGAGCUUGGAUAUGAGGACGAUGUGCUUCUGAGGGACGUCGAUCUUUCGUGCAGGGUCUUCGCUUGCGUCACAGAUGACGGAUCCAAGCGAAAUUCUGCCCCCCUGACGAGCUAUCCUAGCAAAUAUUGCUCUAACGAGCUGUUCAAGACCGCGAAAGUGUGGCAAGCAGGCCAGGCCAGCUUGUCCACGCCGCCAUUAUUCGAUUCUGUCCCCAUCGGUCCCAGCGGACGACGAUUUUACAACAGCAUCACCGAAGCGAAUAAUCCGGUACGAGAAGUCUGGAUAGAGGCCAGAGGAAUCUGGCCCUCGGGCUCCUUGGACAGUCAGAUCCAAUGUCUGGUUUCAAUUGGCACUGGUGUACCGUCGAUCAAACGGCUCAACAAGACGAUGUUUGGCUUGAUCAAAACGACCCGAAAAGAUUAUGUCGAUACGGAGAGGGAUAUGAAUAAAUUCAUCAGGGAGCAUACCGAGUUGGACGAUGCGAGCCGUCUGUUUCGAUUCGAUGUACCCAAUGGGCUAGCGGAGAUUGGCCUAGAUGGUGUCGACGAGCUCGAUACUAUAGUCGAUGCGACCGAGGACUAUCUUGCCAAGGAGCUCGUCUACAAGCAAAUACAGCGAUGUGGCAUUGCUCUUGGUGGGUUCCGUUAG